CGACCCCUUAACUGUUGCUUAACAGCUUUCUCCUAUCUAUAAACACGGUUCAGUAUCACGCGCCCGAUGGCAGAACAGGCUGAAAUCUCGUUCAUCAAAACCUUCGUUAAUACCAUUUCCCCGCAGCCAAUAACUUACCCAGACGACUACCAGCAGCCCCCAGAAAACUUGCUCAGUAAAGUCCCGGUUUUGCAGAUCCAAGUCCCACCACCACCAGCGAGAAAGGCGGUCGACAAUUCAACUACGAACGAGUCGAUAACGCUUACCUUCAAAUCAGCAAAACCGGCGGCUACAUUCACUCUUUCCGUUCUUCCAACCGAUACCAUCGCUUCUAUAAAAUCCCAGCUUUUUGAAUCGUCAUCGUCAUUAUCAUCAUCUCUCCAUGCACCACCACCUGAUACUCAGCGACUGUUACUAAAAGGCAAAGCCCUCGCAGACAACAAGCUUCUCAAAGAGUACCCUAUCAAAGCAGGCGACGUUGUCAAUCUCAUGGUGAAACCCGGCUUUGACUGGGACCCCUCUCGCUCCCCAGCCGAGUCAAAGACAUCACCACCCACACUCGCCCAACCCAAACCUGUACCUCCCCCUGCGAGCCUUGGUAGCGAAAGCGCCGGUGAUAGUAGAGGGAAAAAACACCAGCGUAUCCCUUCAGUCGUGCUCUCCCCUUCUCCAGCCAACGACUCCCCGAGUCCCGGUCUCAGCGGCGUCAACGGCCCCGAACCAGUUCCGAUGGAUAUUGAGCUCAACAUUGACGACCCGCAGCCGGAACCGCAGUCUCCGGGACUGGCCACCCCUUAUCAUGAGGUGAUAUCCAAUCCGAUGUUCUGGGAGAAGAUGUGGGCAUUUUUAAGCACUGAGUUCUCGAACGGAUCCGAUUCACGAGCUGCUUGGGAAGAGUUUUUGAAUGCUAGUAAAGGUUAUUUGACUGCUCAUGAAAUUGCAAAGAUUAGAGAUCAUGUUGGGCUUGUUGGAAUGGCUGGAACGUGAUAUAUAAUCAUGUCGCUCGUCUUGUAGGGUAAGCUUUGUGCAGUUCUGUUUAGCAGCAAUUUCAAGAAUCAUGCAUUU